AUGGCAAGCGAUACUGCGAAUAACGGGAGAAGCAAGCGUAAGAAGGCGCACAGUGCCCACAUUGAGGCAAUUUCCAACGACCUUAUGGUUCAGUACAUCGCGGGCAAGGCGAACCAACUCGCUGGUACACAAGCUGAAGUCAUCCUAAUUCAGAGACCGCUGGGCUUGGUACCCCAAUUGUGUUUGAUUGGCCAUCUGUCUGGUGUGAUAUUCUCUAUGUUCUUGAGCAUCGGAAGAGGAUCAUGA